CUGCUUUGUAGGGCAGUGUUAAGUCUCCCUGGACAAGCCUGGUGGAUGGGCUCCUUCCUUCACUAAGCGAUUUUUCCAGAGAAGAGAUCUCUCUGCUGUCAGUUUGGAGUUGAACUUGACAUUCUUGAGAAACGACGCGUUUGGUUAGUUUAUAAUCAGAGGCUCUUUGUUCUCUUCAGAGAACCCACCCUCCUCCUCUGCUCCCCACCUGUGGAGAUGAUCCCCUGGAGGAAGCUCUGCUGGAGCUAUCACGCGUGGACCCUGGGCUGCUACAUGCUGCUGGCUGUCAUCGCCUUAAAACUGUCCCUCAGACUGAAGUGUGAUUUCGGCGGCGUGGACGGGGAGCUUCGAAGCCAGUACUGCAGGGAUUUCCUGUACAAGACCCUGAAGCUGCCGGCAAAGAGGUCCAUCAACUGUUCGGGGGUCACUCGAGGGGAGCACGGAGCGGUGAUCCAGGCCCUGCUGAAUAACCUGGAGGUUAAGAAGAAGCGGCAGCCCUUCACAGAGGCCAACUACCUUAGCAUGGCAGCCGACUGUGAGAGCUUCAAGGCCAAAAGGAAGUUCAUACAGUUCCCACUGAGCAAAGCAGAGGCUGACUUCCCUAUUGCUUACUCCAUGGUGGUUCACGAGAAAAUAGAGAACUUUGAAAGGCUGCUGAGAGCUGUGUACGCCCCUCAGAACAUAUACUGUGUCCAUGUGGACCGGAAGUCUCCAGAAACGUUCAAGCAGGCAGUCAGGGCUAUUGUCUCGUGCUUCCCAAAUGUCUUCAUAGCUAGUAAGCUCGUGUCAGUGGUCUAUGCUUCCUGGUCCAGGGUGCAGGCUGACCUGAACUGCAUGGAAGACCUGCUCCAAAGCUCCGUGCCCUGGAAAUACCUCCUGAACACUUGUGGGACAGACUUUCCCAUCAAGACCAAUGCUGAGAUGGUCCAGGCCCUCAAGCUAUUGAAUGGGCAGAACAGUAUGGAGUCGGAGAUACCACCUGCACAUAAGAAGUCCCGCUGGACAUAUCACUAUGAGGUGAGAGACACCUUAUACAUAACUGGCAAGAGGAAGACCCCUCCGCCUAAUAACAUGACCAUGUUCACUGGGAACGCCUAUAUGGUGGCUUCUCGAGGCUUCGUUGAACAUGUAUUAAGCAACUCCAAAGCCCAACAACUGAUCGAAUGGGUAAAAGACACCUACAGCCCUGAUGAGCACCUUUGGGCCACCCUCCAGCGUGCCUCGUGGAUGCCUGGAUCAGCUCCCCUGCACCCCAAAUUCGACCUCUCAGACAUGAGAGCCAUCGCAAGACUAACCAAGUGGCAGGGCCACGAGGGAGACAUCGAGGACGGGGCGCCUUACACACCUUGCUCAGGGACCCACCAGCGGGCUGUCUGUAUUUACGGGUCGGGGGACCUGCACUGGAUACUUCAGAACCACCACCUCUUGGCCAACAAGUUUGACCCUAAGGUGGAUGAUAAUGUCCUUCAGUGUUUAGAGGAGUAUUUACGUCACAAGGCCAUCUACGGGACUGAACUGUGAGACACACUACAAGACGGUUGCUACCCAUGUGGCAGAGAAAAAAAUGCCAGGACCUACUGGGGCAAUAUGGGGUGGCAUCUGGGGUUCUGGACUCCAUGUGUCUCUGAGGACGAGGCGCUUGCUCUUGAAGAGCAGGUAAGUAGACCUGUGGCCCCUCGUGAGCUGCUGCCAGUGAAGGUGGCUGUAUUCUCUCCCCAACAGCCGCUCUUUGUCUUUCUCACAGAGCCAGAACAAGGAACACUGUCCUUUGGGAGGAUAGAAGGGCAGACACUCGACCAGGGACUCUGAUUUUGGCUGAAGCCGUCCUGUCAGGUUCUCCCAGAGACUCUGUUUCAAAUACUCCUGGGGUUGGUCAUGGUGUGGUGGUGGAGAACCGUUAGUGGUAAGGCCCUCCCCGUUUGUAUAGCUAACUUAAAAUAAAUAGCUUCUAAACCAAAGUCCCACCCCUGCAGUGUUGUCUAUGAGCCCAGAAAUAAUCUAAGCAGAUGAAAUGUGUGAGGCUUGCGUGUUGAGCACAGGAACGCCUCCAUGGCAGGCUGUGUAGAUGGCCAACUGGGCCACGGGGAGAGCUCCGUCCUUACUGUAAGCCUUUCUACUUUUGUUUACAUUGGUAGAUUCUGACUUUUCCAUAAGAGGCAGGACAGAGGGGUUUAACCAGUUUGCCGAUUACAUUCUUAGAAGAAGCACUAUGGUAGCAUCAUGGCCAAAGCAUACUCUCCUGUAUCAGCAGCCAUUUCA